UUAGUCGGCGGCCCGGGCAGCAGGGGCCGCUGUGAGGAGCUCGGCACUCGAGCCGCCGCCCGCCGUCGCCCUCGCUGCCGGCGCGAUCAUCAACUCAGUUUUUGUUUUACGGAAGAAUCCAUUAAAAGAGCCAGUAAAUCUUGUGGAAAAUGGCCUUCAGUGAUCUUACAUCGAGGACUGUGCGUUUUUAUGAUAAUUUUAUCAAAGAUGCUGAUCCAAGAGUUGAAGAUUGGCUCCUCAUGUCCUCGCCUCUACCACAAACCAUCAUCCUGGGACUCUAUGUCUAUUUUGUCACUUCUCUGGGACCAAAGCUCAUGGAGAAUCGAAAACCCUUUGAACUCAAGAAAGUGAUGAUAACGUACAAUUUUUCCAUAGUACUCUUUUCUUUGUAUAUGUGUUAUGAGUUUGUGAUGUCUGGCUGGGGUACAGGUUAUUCAUUUCGAUGUGAAAUUGUUGACUAUUCACGGUCACCCACAGCUUUACGGAUGGCACACACCUGCUGGCUUUAUUACUUCUCCAAAUUUAUUGAGCUGUUAGACACUAUCUUUUUUGUUCUGCGUAAGAAAAAUAGCCAAGUGACUUUCCUUCAUGUCUUCCAUCAUACCAUCAUGCCAUGGACCUGGUGGUUUGGAGUCAAAUUUGCUGCAGGUGGUUUGGGAACAUUCCAUGCCUUUGUAAAUACAGCUGUGCAUGUAGUCAUGUAUUUCUACUAUGGACUUUGUGCAAUGGGACCAGCCUACCAGAAGUAUUUGUGGUGGAAAAAAUAUUUAACAUCUUUACAGCUUGUGCAGUUUGUUAUUGUCACCAUCCACAUAGGCCAGAUAUUUUUCAUGGAGGAUUGCAAGUACCAGUUUCCAGUCUUUCUCUACAUUAUUAUGAGUUAUGGGUGCAUCUUUCUGCUGCUCUUUCUCCAUUUUUGGUAUCGUGCUUACACCAAGGGUCAAAGGUUGCCCAAAACUAUUAAAAAUGGAAACUGCAAAAACAAACAUCACUAAAAUACAAGCACAUCAUGAUUGAGACUGAUUUUUGUCUUCCUUGACAAUCAAGAGAUAUUUACCUAUGCCUUGAUUUUGUAUGUUUUUCAAAACCAAGAGCUUGUAUUUUUUGAUAAGUUAUUGGAGUUUCUGAUAUUUGAGAAUCCAAAGUUCCCAAUUAAGUCUUUUGAUAACCAGAGCCUAGAGCAGCUGGAAGUUUUCCAGCUGCUUUUAAACUGAACCGAAAGAUUUCAUUUAAGACAUUUUGUUACAGUGAAAGAAGGAUGUGAAGCAAUACAGUACUCUUCAAAGACGUCCAGUAUAGAUGAAAAAUAUUAGAUAUUUUGAGCAUGGACAGAGAUCCAUGGAGUACAAUAGAUUCCUUCCGCUGGGGCUGGAAAGCUUUCGCUGUAGGCUCGUGGGCUCUGUCACUUGUUGAUUGUGUUCAGAAGACACUUUACUUUAGAGUUCAAUUCUUAUUCUAAAGCACUAACACUGGUGAACAUUAAAUGAGUUUUGGAUCAGUUGUCAUUUAAAAUCACUAGUGAUAAAUUUUAACAUAUCUUUUGAGCAGCUGCCACCACGUUUGCUGAUGAGACUUCCUUCCAGUUAGUACCCUGAUACACUUGACACUAAGGCAGAGUUAAUAUUAUUUUGGAAGCGAGGUGAUUUGCUUGGAUGGGUUAAUGAACACUUUGCUAUUAGAAAUUUGCAAUUAACUCUGUAUAUCUCUGGAAACAGGUGAAUGUAUCAAUGAAAAAAACACUAUGUAGUUCAGUGGGGGAAAAUCUAUUGUCUGUUGUAUUAUAAUGUCACUUCGUGAUAUUGUGAUGGUUUAAAGAAUUAUCUUGGCUGAAUAUAUAUUGGUUAAAACUUAAGUGUUCAUAUGAUUAGCAGACUGCAGGUACCUUUAAAUCAUAAAUACUUUUAGACCACCUGUUAUACACAGUAUCCAGAUAGGGCUUAGAGUGGUUUAUGAAGCAACUGGAGGCAGGGGGUGGCACAAGAGAGUAUUGGGGGAAGAUUUGGUUUUAUAAAUAAAGACUAUUCUACUUUAAGAGACAAAUUACAUUAUAGUUAUGGAUUUCUAUAUUUAUUGUUAUAGAUACACUACAUGAAAAAAUUAUUUUCCAGAAUUGUGAGUUAGCCUGGAUUUCUGUUUUUCAGAUCUAUAUACCAUAUAAUGAAGGGCUGAAAUUCAUUUGGCAUAGGUUUUUGUUUUUUCUGUAAAAUGGUUACUUUUAGUAUCCUUUUGUUUUCAUGUUAUCGUGUUAGAGAAUCGAAACUACUGAUCAAUUGUUUGUCCAGGAACUGGCAGUAUUUGGACAUUUGUGAACCUUUCCUUCUUGCUUUUUUUCUUGUUAUACUUAUGCUCAAUUUUGAAGGACUGUUUAUGUGUGAAGGACUUUGAACAAUUAGAAGUUGUGGUCCCAGUUUUUGUGUGACACACUGUGAUACUGUACCACAAAACCCUACUUUUCACUGAUUGUGAAAUUGGUCAUUCUGUGUCUCUCCCAGGUUCAUGACUAUACUAGGGCCUUUUGUCUUCACACUUACCAGAUUCAUAAGAUUAUUUGUCACUAAGUGACUUUAGUGAUCUCACUUGCUUACAAUAUGAGAAGAUGAGGGAAGGAAUUUCCUAUAAAAGAAAGAAAGAAAGAAAGAACAGGAGAGCGGAACUAAAAGAAACCGCUGCUCCAGUUUUUACCACCAAAGGACUCAGGGCUCCUUGAGUGUUUUUGUUUUUGCUCUUUGUAUCCACCCUUUGCUAAAAAUUUGAAGGUGUGGUAGGUGCUGUUAUAUAUAGGUACAGGUCCCAAAGACUCAAGUAGGAUAAAAACCAAAAGGAAGUAAAAAGAAGAAGAAGAAGAAGAAGAAGAAGAAGAAGAAGAAGAAGAAGAAGAAGAAGAAGAAGAAGAAGAAGAAGAAAAGAAAACAGGGCAUCUGAUAUAUUUUCUUCCGAUCUGCAUAGCAUUACCUCACCAAACCUCCUUGAAGUCUAAAAUGUUUGACUUGCCUAUGAACUAACAGCUAUAUUUGAUGAAACCACAUUCUCAAUUCUGUGGAUAGAAAUUGGGAGUUAGAAUGCCACAUGAAAACAGAUUGCAGUUGGCAGACAUAGCAGAUCAAGAUGAAUGUCCCUGAGCUGGGGACAUAGCUCAGUUGGUAGAGUGCUUGCCUAGCAUGCACAGGCCCUGGGUUCAACCCCAGCACCACCACCACCACCAAAAAAAAAAAAAAAGGGCCCCUAAAAGAUUGGGAUUAUAGGUCA